AUGACUAAUUUUAACUUCAAUUACCAACCUCCACCUUUGGUGAAUAGUAGCGUAGUCUGUCAACUUCUGUUUAUAUUGUUCAUUGUUUGCUUUCUUUUAAUUGGUCGAUAUGUUACACAAUUUCUUGAUCUUUUGACACUUUUUAGUCAUAAAGAAUCAAUAUCUUCAAGACUGUUGGUUAAUUCAAGUUCAACCCACUCUCCAUCGACCACUUUAUCUGUUAACCCGUCAGCAGACCAAUCUUCUAUGGUCUUAAUAGAUCCUUUUACUUUGAAUGAAUUCAUUCAUACUUCAUCUCUAUCAUCAUCAACCCACAAAUCAGGAUCGACGAAUUGUUUAGAGAAAAAUAAUCGCCUUAUUUAUUCAAAAUUGGAUACACAAUUGAAUCAAAAUACUUCAAAUUAUAGAUCGUCAUCCGCCAACUUUUAUUAUGCUUCAAAUUAUCAUCAUACUUUCCCUACAACAUCUUCAUCACCCGGCGUUUAUUCAUUUCAUACUUCACAAUUUUCGAUUUCUCCAGUACUUAGCAGUGGAAGUAAACCACCGAAAACAUUUGUUCCAACAGCAUGUGUGUUACCUUCAACUAGUCAUCGUGAUCCCUCAUUUAGUGUAUUAUUUUUAACAAUUAAAACUAAAACUUCCAGAGUUAAUGGAAAUAAUAUGAUACAGUUGCAUAGACCUAGAAAAAGUUAA